AUGAAAGGCCUAUUAUAUUAUGGAAGAGAAGAGAUCCGCUACUCAGAAGACAUUCCCGAACCACAAAUUAAAAACCCAAACGACGUCAAGGUCAAGAUUGCCUAUUGUGGCAUCUGUGGUACUGAUUUGCACGAGUUUUUAGAUGGUCCUAUUUUUUUCCCACAGCCAAAUGGCCGUUCCGAAAUAUCCGGUAAAAAAUUGCCUCUUUGUCCAGGUCAUGAAUUUUCCGGUGUUAUUGAAGAAGUUGGCACUGGUGUCACCAAGUUUCAAAGGGGAGACCGUGUUGUUGUUGAAGCAACGUCCCAUUGCUCCGACAGAGAACGGUAUAAGGACGAAAUUGAGGAUAAGGACCUCUCCUUUUGUGCAGCGUGUAAGGCAGAAAAGCCAAAUUGCUGUAAACGUUUGUCCUUUGUUGGAUUAGGUACUGACCAUGGUGCCUUUGGUCAAUAUGUCGUUUAUGGUGAAGACCAUAUCUUGAAGAUUCCAGAUGAUUUGCCUCUUGACUUGGCUGCCUUGGUGGAACCUCUAUCGGUUGCAUGGCACGCUGUCAGCUUGGCCAACUUUAAACCGGGACAAACGGCAGUUGUUUUAGGAGGCGGUCCAAUUGGAUUAUGUACUAUUCUUGCAUUGAAGGGCCAUCAGGCUGGUAAGAUUGUCUGUUCGGAACCUGCAGCUAUUAGAAGAGAAUUGGCUGAAAAAUUGGGAGCUGAAACUUUCAAUCCAAUGGAUCAUGAAGACCCUAUUGCAGAAUUGAAAAACUUAUUACCUGAAACUGAAGGCUUUACCGCUUCAUUUGAUUGUUCUGGUAUUCAGAAAACUUUUGAUACUUCUAUCGACGUUUUGGGUCCAGGAGGUUCUGCAGUUAAUGUUGCAAUUUGGCCUAAUGUCCCUAUCCAAUAUGUCCCAAUGUGUUUGACCUAUCAAGAGAAAACCGCUACAGGUUCCAUGUGUUAUGUCACUAAGGAUUUCAGGGAAGUUCUUGAUGCCAUUGCAGCAGGUCUCAUUGACCAGAAGUCAAUGAGGUUGUUGGUGACUGGUAAAGUUGAAGCUAAGGACGGAAUUGAAGGCGGGUUCAUGCAAUUGAUCAACCACAAGGAAACAAACGUCAAGAUUUUGAUUGCGCCAAACGGACUCGAUAUGUGA